CGGUGCGAUGAAGUGGCAUAUCUUGAAGAGAAGACAGUCAGAGAAGAGAAGAUAGGCAACAUAUAAUAGAAUACACGUAUCUUAAUCUCACUAAAACAAGUGUAAAUUGCCGUUUGGCAUAAAAAAAUGCCGAAAACCGUUGGCGAUACAUUAAUUGGUGUCCUUAAUGAUUUGGGAAUGACUAAACUGAAGUGGUUCAGACAUAAACUCUGUGAACGCAAGCAGGAGCCAAAAAUUCGCAAGGGCAAUGUUGAAAAUUUGGACCCAAUAGACUUGGCAGACCUUCUGACCCGUACUUUCACUGAAGACGGGGCUUUGGAUGUGGCUAUAGAGGUAUUGAGGGCAAUUGACUGCCAUGACGGCGCAAAGGAACUGACGGAUUUCAAGAAAGAUUAUUUUACAGCUCAAGAAUCUUCGGUAAUGUCGGGUGCUGCUAAGGGAAGUGCGCUUGGACCAAAUAACAUUAUCAAAGACAAACACUUUGUGGAUCAUCACCGGACGGCCCUGAUCGACAGAGUGAGCCAGGUGGCACCCAUCUUGGAUAGGCUCCUGCAGAGGGGAGUCAUCACCUCAAAUGCCUACAGUGACGUGAGGGCUGAAAAAACCAAACAGAACAGGAUGAGGGAGCUCAUAGAUGUCCCUCUGAAAGCAUCUGGGUCCAAAGGCAAAGAUGUGUUCUUAGAUAUCCUUAUGGAACAGGAACCAUACCUAAUCAGUGAACUGAAGGGGGAAUAAUGGGGAUAGGGGCCACUUGAUUUUUUUUUUUAGUGCAAGGGACAAACAUUUGAUGAUAAUAAUGCACUCUGUUUUACAGUAUAUUCUUAAACUGGGAAAAUGAAUUCUCUCCAAAGUCUGCAAAAAAAUUAAAACAAAUUAUAUUGACCGCUGUUUUUAAAAUUUUCAUGAGCAAAUACUGUGUCGUGAAUUCUAAUCAUUUAGCUGUUUGGAACUCAACAAUAGAAAACAUACAUGUAGUAACAUUGUGUUAUGUAGCCUAUACAAAGGAGUGCAUCUGUGCUUUGGCUACGUAGUUUCUUAAACAUAAACAAGCAUACGGCCAUUUGAAUGUAAAUGUCUGCUUAACAUAAGAGAUCCAUUGAUAGCCUGGUCUCAGAUCUGUUUGUCUUGUCAAUUAAUUGUCAUUGUCGGCAUGACAAGGAGCGGCAAGGACUGGCAUGAUGGCACAAACAGACUGAUAACCAAGAGUGUAUUUUUUAGUUGCAUUCGAGUUUCCAUUACAUUCAGGUAUGUCCCUCCGUUUUGUUCCGUCUGCUUUUGUUUGCAACAGUUUCUUCUGUUUGGUUUGGUUUGGUUCCUAGUUAGUGAAUACAUGCUACCAUCCAUAUAUGGCUGUCUAUAGAAGUAGGUGGGACAAUCAUCUAUCUUGCAAAUGCCGCGUUCACGUGCUGAUCGGAACUAGGAAACUGACAUUUCCGACUAGCUAACUAACUGGUUGUAGUUAUUCACAUUCCGCAUUCAACCAGUUCGCAAGUUGGAAAUGUCAGUUUCCUAGUUUUGACUAGCAUGUGAACGUGGCAUUAGCCUGUUUUUAAAUGUUCCAAAGCUUUCUUCCUUUCACAUCAUGUUAUUUUAGUUUGCGUGUGUGCCAAUGCUUUGUUUGAACAAAACAAAUUAACAUAGAGUACCACAGUAUGAGUCAUAAUACCCAUAAAACCUAAUGGUCAAACAGGGAAA